UGAAAUACUAUCUUAACUUGACACUUGUGGUAGUUGACACAGUUAUUCCCGAAUUUUCGAUUACAGUUUUGUAACGGUUUCGGAUCUACACGGAUUUCUAUUGAUAAUUUUCACCAGUUUAGAAUCCCUCCUUCUACAAUGUGCAGGACGGCCGUCUUCUUUAUAUACAUCGCCUUUCUACUUUCGGCUUUCGCUGCUGAGAAGAAAGCCGAAGAAGAUGCCAAAAAUGUCGGUACCGUGAUUGGCAUUGAUCUCGGAACAACUUACUCAUGCGUCGGAGUUUACAAAAAUGGCCACGUGCAGAUCAUCGCCAACGAUCAAGGCAACCGCAUUACGCCCUCGUAUGUGGCCUUCACCUCCGACGGCCAGCGUCUCGUGGGUGACGCCGCGAAGAACCAGCUGACGUCCAACCCGGAGAACACCGUCUUCGACGUGAAGCGUCUAAUUGGGCGUGAGUGGGCGGAUCCCUCCGUGCAGGCCGACAUCCCGCACUAUCCCUUCAAAGUGGUCAACCGCCACGGGAAACCCCACGUGCAGGUGACCGUAGCAGGCAGAAAGAAGAUCUUCACGCCCGAAGAGAUCAGCGCCAUGGUGCUGGGCAAGUUGAAGGAGGCCGCGGAGGCCUACCUCAGCCAUCCCGUGACGCAUGCUGUCGUCACCGUGCCGGCCUACUUCAACGACGCGCAACGGGCGGCCACUAAGGAUGCUGGCACCAUCAGUGGACUGAAUGUGAUGCGGAUCAUCAACGAGCCGACCGCCGCAGCCAUUGCCUAUGGUUUGGAUAAGUUGGGGGAAAAGAAUAUUCUGGUGUUUGAUCUGGGCGGUGGCACCUUCGACGUGUCGCUCUUGACCAUUGAUAACGGGGUCUUCGAGGUCUUGGCAACCAAUGGGGACACUCACUUGGCUUCUGAGAGCGUCUGAGAGCGUCUCAGCCCGGACACUUUGGGCGGAGCACUAUUUUAGCCCGGACACUUGGGUCGGAGCACUAUUUUGGCCGGACACUUUGGUCGAAGCACUAUUUCAGCCCGGACACUUUGGUCAGAGCACUAUUUUAACCGGACACUUUGGUCGGAGCACUAUUUCAGCCCGGAAACUUGGGUCGGAGCACUAUUUUGACAGGACACUUUGGUCGAGCACUAUUUCAGCCCGGACACUUUGGUCAGAGCACUAUUUUGACCGGACACUUUGGUCGGAGCACUAUUUUAGCCCGGACACUUGGGUCGGAGCACUAUUUCAGCCCGGACACUAUGGUCGGAGCACUAUUUAGAGCCGGACACUUUGGUCGGAGCACUAUUUCAGCCCGGACACUUUGGUCUGAGCACUGUUUUGACCGGACAUUUUGGUCGGAGCACUAUUUCAGCCCGGACACUUUGGUCGGAGCAACAUUUCAGCCCGGGCACUAUGGUCGGAGCACUAUUUAGAGCCGGACACUUUGGUCGGAGCACUAUUUCAGCCCGGACACUUUGGUCUGAGCACUGUUUUGACCGGACAUUUUGGUCGGAGCACUAUUUCAGCCCGGACACUUUGGUCGGAGCACUAUUUUGACCGGACACUUUGGUCGGAGCACUAUUUUAGCCCGGACAAUUGGGUCGGAGCACUAUUUUGACCGCACACUUUGGUCGGAGCACUAUUUCAGCCCGGACACUUUAGUCAGAGCGCUAUUUUGACCGUACACUUUGGUCGGAGCACUAUUUCUGCCCGGACACUUUGGUCGGAGCACUAUUUUGACCGGACACUUUGGUCGGAGCCCUAUUUCAGCCCGGACACUUUGGUCAGAGCACUAUUUUAGCCCGGACACUUUGGUCAGAGCACUAUUUUGACCGGACACUUUGGUCGGAGCACUAUUUCAGCCCUGACACUUUGGUCGGAGCACUAUUUCAGCCCUGACACUUUGGUCGGAGCACUAUUUUAGCCCGGACACUUUGGUCGGAGCACUAUUUCAGCCCGGACACUUUGGUCGGAGCACUAUUUCAGCCCGGGCACUAUGGUCGGAGCACUAUUUAGAGCCGGACACUUUAGUCGGAGCACUAUUUUAGCCCGGACACUUUGGUCGGAGCACUAUUUUAGCCCGGACACUUUGGUCGGAGCACUAUUUUAGCCCGGACACUUUGGUCGGAGCACUAUUUUGACCGGACACUUUGGUUGGAGCACUAUUCGGACCCGGACACCUUGGUCGGAGCACUAUUUGGAGCCGGACACUUCGGUCGGAGUACCAUUUCCGGCCGUUUGAAUCGUGGUUCGAACCCUUUGAAUAGACUCAGGAUGCUUUUUUCUGAGCCUGAAACUGUUGAGUAUUUUUGAUCGAAAUAUUAAAUCUGCCCGUUAACCGGUUUCACACAGUUAUUUAAGAAUUCAUUUCUCUUUUGGUGUAGCCAGUUGUUACGUGUAAAUCAAAAAAGUUUGUAGUAAUAACAGCCCAAUUUACUGUUUUAAAUAGAAUCAUAGUUUGAAAGUCUUCGGCUUCUUCGGUUUUCGCACUUAGUCUCUAAGCAGCCUUGUAUUUGUGCCACCGUUAUUCAUAGCGUGCUUAUGCCGUCGCUGUCAGGUUUUUGCCUAACUGUUUUCCGUGCUUUGCCAUAAAUUUAGUUAGUUUGUGAGUUUGGUUCACUGUGGAGAUUUGUAGUCUCUCUCAUGAACUACUUUACUGCAGCUUUGUGUUCGUUCUACUUUUGUUGUUGAAACAAAU